AUGCCAUUGACUAAUUUAGCAAAUUGCUCGCUGGAUAAAUUAAAAAAGGAAAAAGAUAGUUCUCCCGAAUAUCAAUCCUAUCUUAACCAAAAAGAGUUAGAAUUACAAAACAGGGAAACAAAAUUGGAACAGAUUAAAAAUAUUGUUAAUAGUGUCCAAGAACCAAAAACAGAAAAUUCUACUGAUGAAAACUCUUUACCUACUAUUUUAAUUGUUGGAGGAAUAAGUUGUAUUGGAAUUUUAUCUCUCGUUUUCUUGCUUAAAAAAGUUAAAAAAAAUAGAUCGACCGAAGAAGUUAUGAUUAUUGAUGAGGAAAAAAUAACCCCUGUUUGUGAGAGAACUUAUGUCAUAGUUUACAAACCAGUUCCUCGGACUCCCACUCCACCACCUCGGCCAAGAACUCCUACUCCUCCACCAAGAGAAAGAGAAUUUAAAUUAAAGGCUAUUCGAGAUGCUCCAAACAUUGUUUCGGGACAUGGUAAUUGGAAAGAUGAGCAUGCUUUGGGAUUUUUGCUCAACAAUUUAGUCAGUAAUCACAAGGGGAAUUUUACCACUUUAAGCAGUAUUAAGAAUAUAUUAGCCAUGAUUGAUUUUG